AUGCAGAACGGCCGUGGACGCCACAAGAACGGCAGCGUCAAGGCCUGCAAGGGUAGUCAGCGUGGCUCAAUCGCUCCUCUUGUAUCCCAGCAACCUCUGACAGCCCGACCGAAAGCCUCCUUUGCCAGCGAUAACAGUGUAGACAACUCCGACGCUGCCUCUGUUGCCCUGUCCACCUCCACUGAUACCACCACAGCCGGCAGUCCUCCCCCCCAAGCAAAGGCCAUGUCUAGGAAAACAUCAUCGCCGAUGGCGCCCCCUUUCAUGGUGUCUGCGCCGGGCAAGGUGAUCGUGUUCGGAGAACAUGCGGUCGUGUACGGCAAGGCUGCCAUGGCCGCCGCGAUUUCACUCCGAUCCUAUUUCCUCGUUACCACCCUCUCCAAAUCGCACCGCACCAUUACCUUGAACUUCCGAGACACGGGCUUGGACCAUACUUGGAAUAUCGAUGAAUUGCCCUGGGACGUCUUCCAUCACCCAUCAAAAAAGAAAUACUACUAUGACCUCGUCACCUCCCUCGACCCUGAGCUGCUCGAUGCAAUCACACCCCACGCGGAGAGCGUCUCUCCAGGAUUGCCAGAAGAGCAACGGAAAACCCAUCGACGUUCUGCGCUGGCAUUCCUCUACCUCUUCUGCUCUCUGGGUUCGCCCCAGCAUCCCGGGGCCAUUUACACUCUUCGGUCCACUAUCCCCAUUGGCGCAGGUCUAGGCAGCAGUGCUAGUGUUUGUGUCUGUAUGAGUGCUGCGCUGCUUCUCCAAAUCCGCACCCUGGCCGGCCCCCACCCCGAUCAGCCUCCCGACGAAGCUGAGACGCAAAUCGAGCGGAUCAAUCGCUGGGCGUUUGUGGGAGAGCUGUGUACUCAUGGGAAUCCGAGCGGGGUGGACAACACGGUGUCCGCGGGCGGCAAGGCCGUGAUUUUCAGGCGUGAGGAUUACUCCAAGCCUCCGUCGGUAUCUUCGCUACCCAAUUUCCCCGAACUGCCCUUACUUCUGGUGGACACCCGCCAAGCCCGUUCCACAGCCGUCGAGGUCGCCAAAGUCGGGAGAUUGAAACAGGAACAUCCUGUGGUGACGGAGGCCAUCCUUGACGCGAUAGAUAAAGUCAACACGUCCGCGGAGGAGCUCAUACGGGACUGUGACCCGAAGGGGGUUUCCGAGGAGACGCUCCAGCGCCUAGGAGCGUUGAUCCGGGUGAACCAUGGCUUCCUGGUCUCCCUGGGAGUCUCUCAUCCCAGACUGGAACGGAUUCGUGAACUCGUUGAUCAUGCCGACAUUGGCUGGACAAAAUUGACCGGCGCGGGUGGCGGUGGAUGCGCUAUAACACUCCUACACCCGGAUGUGGACCAAGCCGCCGUCGGCGAGCUGGAUGACAAGCUCUCCGCGGAAGGGUUUCAGAAGUAUGAGACGAUGUUGGGAGGGGAUGGGGUAGGUGUGUUGUGGCCUGCUGUGCUCCACAAUGGAACCGAUGAAGAAGGGGGCGAGGAGAUUGACCAGCAGAAGUUCGAAAACGCUGAUGGCCCCGAAGGAAUUGAACGGCUUGUCGGCGUCGGAAUGCAGGAAAAACGAGAGGGCUGGAAGUUUUGGAAACGAGCCACGCACUGA